AUGUCUGACAACUGGGACCGUGACAACAACCGCGAGUACGACGACGACUUCGCUCGCAAUGCGGGCUAUGCUGCGGGUGCAGUUGAAGGCGAAUACGGCCGCGCCAACCAAGCCUACGAUAACGAACGCGACGACUUCCGCCGCGACGAGCAAGACGCUGAGAACAAUUUCCGCCAGGGCAAAGAUAACAUGGAGAACGACUUCCGCCAGGAUGAGCAGAACUUCGAGAACCGCGUCCAGCGCGACGAGCAAGCUGUUGAGGACGCUCCGGGCAAUGCUGCACGCUGGGCUGAGCAAGGUGUGGAGAACACGGUGCAGGGAGUUGAGAAUAUCCCUUCUGAUAUUGGAGGCGGGAUUGAUAAGGUGGCUGGAUGGAUUGGUGAGAAGUUUGGGGGUGUGGAGAGGGCGGGGCAGGAUGCGGAGCAGGAUGUUGAUCGGUGGGGAGACAAUGUCAAGAACGACUAUAACGAGGGGAGACAGGAUAUCGACAGGUUCGGUCAGGGAGUAGAAAACUCCUAUGAUCAGGGCGAGAACGAGGGAAGGCGAGAUGGGUGGUAG